AUGGACCUCUUGUUUCUCACUCGGCUUGCCGGUCUGGACCUACGAACGAGCGAGUCGUUCGACUGCGAGGAAUGCUUUGGCCAUGGACCUUUCCAGAAGCGGAUGCUGUUCCUCAUCCUCCUGGGGACAUUCAUCACUCACUGCCAAACCCUCGUGGUGUCCCUCGUCACCGGCGACGUCAACCACUGGUGCAAACCGCCCGGUGGCUUCAACAUCUCUACAGCCGAAUGGAAGCAUACCGCCAUACCGAUGGAGACCGACGGAACAUUCAGCCGCUGCCGAGUCUACGAACGCUGUAAGCCGCUCGCUGAACACGACACAUUGGUAGACCACGAGGACGUCGCCGCUGAAGCGCUCGCGGCGGGAUCGUGGUACAACCGAUGCUUCCCCGAGCAAGUCCAGGACAUCAACAGCACGCGCGACGUGCCUUGCGAAGCGUGGGACUACGACGUUCGCACUGCAGAGAGCAGUGCAGUGAGCACUUGGAACAUGGUGUGCGACCGACGGCUGAUGCGGGUCGUCCUCGCGACUAUGCAGAGCUCCGGCGGCGUCAUUGCCCUCAUCCUGGUCGGAGCCUUCGCCGACUACAUCGGCAGAAGGACAUUGCUCCUGGGCUCGUCCAUCGCGAUGCUUACCUGCACGAUAGGCACUUUCCUGGCUACGGGAUACGCGUAUUACGCGACAGCUCGUUUCCUAGCCGGGGGUAGCAUGGCCGUGAACGGUGUUUUCACCUAUAUCCUCCCGUUCGAGUCAAUGACGCACGCUCACAGGCCGCAGCAGGUCCUCCUCCUGGCCAUCAUAGGCGUGGCCCUGUGUGAAGUGUGGAUCGUCGUCAUCAAUCCGAUCCUCAUCGACUGGCGUCUGAAGCAGUUCAUCUUGCUCUCUCCGGCAGCUCUCAUACUUCCCGCGCUGUGCUUCGCGCGAGAGUCAUCCCGCUGGCUUGUCGCGAGAGGAAGACUGGACGCCGCCGAGGCGGUUAUGAUGAGGGCGGCCACGAUCAACAACUUUCCGCUUCCGGCAACGGCGUGUCUCGUGCAGAAGCUGAAGGAACACGCCAAGAACCGCGCAGGUUGUGAAAGCGACGACAGAGGAGACCUCCUCGACGCUCACUCCCUCCGGCGUCGAGCGCUGGCCAUGUUCGUCGUAUGCUUUUCAAUAUCAUUUGUAUUUUACGUCGACGCCGUGUCCGUGGUGCAAUACAAAGAAUUUUGGAUACCGGCUUUCACGGUCGUCAUAACGCUCCUGGCGUACGUAGUGAUGCACUACCUCAUGACCGGCGUCACACUCGUCACCGUACUUAGCGUUUGCUUCGUGCUGGUCGGCUGCAUACAGUGUGUGCUGAGUAUCGCGGCCGCCGCCACAUUGGCCAAGCUCACCAAGACCUUGCUCGUGCUUUCUAAGGGUGUCUCGAACGUACUGUACAUCCACUGUUUGACCUACGUCAUGGAGCUCUUCCCAUCGGCACUUCGAGGAGGCCUCGGCUGCUGGUCGUACGCUUGCAGUCGCUUGUCAGCAAUGUUCGCAGUUCUGGUCCUCGUUCUGCAGCCUGCCGGAUACGAAGACGUGGUCUUCGCAAUGACGGCACUGUUCCCUUUCGCGUCUCUGCUCAUAAUCCGUGAUCUGCCGAAAACAACGGUGGUUGAGGAAGCCAAAAUCGUGGCCCGAGACCCUACGGACUCUAACAGAAUGUGCAUGGAUCACAUGAAGCGGACACUGAAGAGUAAAAUGCGCAGAAGGUCCCAAGCCUCCAGCACGGAAAGCUCCCGGUCAUCCAACAGGAAGAAACCAAAGAGCACUGGCAGCAGCAGCUCUCGCAGUUCUAAGGGGCGUCCUCGGUCUAACACCGGACAAGCGCCGGGAUGA